AUGUAUAGCAGCAGUUCGAGUUUUUCAGUCAAAUCAUUUUCCAGUGAUACUACUAUUCAUAAUGCAUUCAGACAGGUACGCUACGUGACCCAAAUUUGAAAUGUCUAAUGUUCCUUCAAAAAACCCUCAUUUUUCAUUUGAAAGAGCCUGGAAAAUCAUGAUUUAUACAUGUUUUUGUAGCUGGCAAGCUCCAAAUCCCUUUUGUAACAUGCACUUUUGCAGAAAACCCCCAGCAAAUCCCCACGUCACUCAAUAACCCCGAAAAGACAUGGCAAAUAUGUGAAAGGCAGCAAGCGCGCUCCACUGCAAACACAUCCAACGGUUCGUUUUUCUUUUUUUUCUUUUUGCUUUUUUUUCGCUUUUCGCCUCAAAAACAUUGAAAAUAGUGAAUAAUUUUGCAGAUGGCAUUAUUCCGGACGUUUUUCGGAGGUCCGAGUAAUGAUCGGGAAGAGGAAAAUGGCGCCGAAUUGGUGGAAACGUUUGUGGAACGCGUGGAAACUUGUAGUGCUCCGGAAGAUCGACGAGACGCUUUGAGAGCUCUUAGAAGUUUGGCAAAGGUGAGUGAGCAUGAAUUUUUUAUUGUUUUUGUGUUCUACAAGGUUUGUUUUCUAUAUUUUCAUGUGUUUUUCGCAGAAAUAUCGUCUUGCUGUUGGAACAAUGGGUUUAAAUGCCUAUCUUGAUAUUUUGGAGAAAGAUCGAAUGAAUACCGAAGCUAUGACUCUUGUUUUGGACACAAUGUCUGCUGUUUUAUCAACUGAAGAUGAAAGUUCGGAAGAAGAUGAAUUGGGCGAAAGAUUGGCUGAAAUUAUGUUGAAAAGAGCUGGAUUCAUUGCAAGUGUUCUCGCUGCAAUCGAUCAAUUUGAUUUUGGUGUUCGUCGAACUGGUGUUCAACUUUUAACAAGUCUUCUAAGACAUCGUGGACCUGAAGUUCAAACCGCUGUUAUGAAUCAACCAAUGGGAGUUUCGAAAUUGGUUGAUAUUGUUCAUGAUAAUCGAGAGAUUAUAAGAAAUGAAGCGAUUUUGAUGCUUUGCGAAUUGAGCCGCUCGAAUUCGCAAAUUCAACAACUUUUAGCUUAUGACAAUUUAUUUGCGGUUCUUCUUGAUGUUAUUGAAACUGAGCCAUUGGAUAGUAUUGUUAUUGAGGAUUGUCUUUUUGUGAUUUUGAAUUUGUUGCGCAAAAAUGCCAUGAAUCAACAAUUAUUCAGAGAGAAUAAGUGAGAUUUUGGGACUGCUUAACUUUUUGGGACUGCUUAUUUAUCUCUCUGCAUGCUAAUCUACGAGAGACGCAGAGAAGCAGAGCAAUUUUGUAUCUGCUUCUCCUUGGGACUGCUUAACUUUUGGGACUGCUUAUCUCCUUGGGACUGCUUAACUUUUUGGGACUGCUUAUUUAUCUCUCUGCAUGCUAAACAACGAGAGACGCGGAGAAGCAGAGAAAUUUGGGACUGCUUAUUUUUGGGACUGCUUAUCUCCUUGGGACUGCUUAUUUCUAAAAUAUAUAUCUAUACAAAAGUUUGUAUCUUUCAGCCUAAUUUCACGACUUGGUUUGAUUUUGCACACAUUCCUCUAUGGACAUGAAGAUCAAGAGGAAGAAAUGGAUACGGCUGAAUGGGCAAAACAAAGAACAGCAAAUGUCAUAUUUUUGCUGCAAAUUAUUCGAGCACUUGUGAGCACUGAGAAUACUUCGCAAAAUGUGCAUGCCGCGCAAAAAGUUCUCUAUCAAUCAAGUGAGUUUUUGAAGAAAGUUGUGAAUUUAAAUAUAAAAAUUGUUUUUUUCCAGAAAUUCUUGCUGAAUUAUGUCGAAUUCUUCUCUCCGAAGUUGGAUCUUCUGUUGAAAUCCUCACUGAAUCUGUUAUCGUUGUAGCUGAAGCGAUUCGUGGGAAUUACACGAAUCAAGAAUAUUUUGCCAACACCGCGCUCGCCGCACCGGAAAACAAUUCUCAACAACCCCGCUCCUCACUUCUCGUAUUGCUCAUCUCAAUGACAACCGAAAAACAACCGUUCAAACUUCGUUGCGCGGUUUUCUAUUGCUUUUUAUCGUACUUGUUCGAUAAUGAGUUUGGUAAAACGAAGAUUAUUGAAACACUUUUACCACAAUCUGGACAGAAGGAGGAGAGUUUUACGACUGGCGGAUUGAUUUGUCAGGCGGUUUCGUCUUCGGAAGCACUGCAAGUAUGGUUUGGUAGUACUGUGCUUUUACAUUGCUUGUAUCAAGUUGAUCAUUUGAGGUUUGUAUUUUUUGUAGGAGACGCAGAUACAAAAAUAAGCAGUCCCAAAAAUAAGCAGUCCCAAAAAAUAAGCAGUCACAAAAAGUUAAGCAGUCCCAAAUUUCUCUGUUUCUCUGCAGUCUCUCGUUGAUUAGCAUGCAGAGAGAUAAAUAAGCAGUCCCAAAAAGUUAAGCAGUCCCAAAAUAAGCAGUCCCAAAUUUCUCUGUUUCUCUGCGUCUCUCGUUGAUUAGCAUGCAGAGAGAUAAAUAAGCAGUCCCAAAAAUAAGCAGACACAAAAAGUUAAGCAGUCCCAAAAGUUAAGCAGUCCCAAAAAAAUAAGCAGACCCAAAAAAUAAGCAGUCCCAAAAAGUUAAGCAGUCCCAAAAAAUAAACAGACACUAAAAUAAGCAGUCCCAAAAAAUCUAUCGCCAUUUGAGGUCUCGCAGCGAAUUUCAAACCGAAAAUUGUUGUCUGCUUCGUCUUCUCGAUAUUUUUCCCCAAAUCCCCACAUUUUUUUUUGUUUCAGCGAACAACUUCUUCGAGUUCAGCUAACUGUUGCAAAUGGUGAACCGGCACUAUCUCUUAUCUCCCACGUGUCUCAAUUAGUCGUCUCAAUGGGCAAUCGACGACCACAAAUGAGGGCGGGAUUGUUGAUGUUGCUUGGCACGUGGCUUGUGAAUUGCCCGAAAGCGGUGGCGAUUUUUAUGGAGAAAGGAGGAGAAUUUGCAAUAUUUGACGACGAAUAUUGGUGAGGGUUUUGAGAAAAUUAUGAAAAAUUCCUAAAAAUAGGCAGACAAAGUUAACACAAAGUUAAGCAGUCCCAAAAAGAUAAGCAGUCCCAAAAAGUUAAGCAGUCCCAAAAAGUUAAGCAGUCCCAAAAAGUUAAGCAGUCCCAAAAAGUUAAGCAGUCCCAAAAAGUUAAGCAGUCCCAAAAAAUAAGCAGUCCCAAAAAAUAAGCAGACCCAAAAGUUAAUUUUUUUCAUCAAACUAGACAAUAGUUGAACUAAGCUAAAUCUAAGAUUUGAUAACUAUUGGAAUUUUUUCAAGAUUAGAAUCGAAUCAUUUUUUGAUAAGCCAAAAAAUCCCAAAAUAUUUUUUAAAACCAAAAAUUAUCGAUUUUUUGCAGUUGAUGAAUGUGGCGAAGGAAGUGAAAGUGAACAACAAGCACUUCGAGGUCUUCUCGCAUUUGUUCUCCUCGCUUGCCUUAAAAAUCUGGAAGAUAAAGAUGCUCGAACAUCAAUGGAAGCAUUGAUUGAAAGAAGAGUUGGAAAAGAAGUUGUGCUAAGUGCAUUAGAAGGUUUAUCUCGAACUGAGCAAUUUGUAAAAGCCGCACAAAAACCACAACCAAUUGCGAAACUCGGUCAAGAAUUGUUUCUCGAUUUUUAUUUUGUGAAGCUUUUUAAAUCACUGGAGGGAACUUUGAUCAAACAACUUCGACCGAAUGGAGAUUUUAAUGGAACAACAAAUAAUGAUAGUAUUAUACAAUCGUUUAAGGAAUUGAUUAAAAGGCAAGAUGAAGAGAUUGCAAUUUUGAAGGCGGAUGCGAAAAGAACGAAUUUGGAGGUGGAAAAAUUGAAAAAUAAUGAGAAAUAUGAGAAAGAAGUUGAGGAUUUGAGAGAGAAAUUAGAGAAAAAUUGUGGAAUUCAUGUGCAAGUUGAGACAUUGAAUAGUCAACUCGCGGAAGCGCAAAGAUUGACGCAACAAUGGUUUGCGGAAGCGGAAAGGUAUAAACAAUGGGCGGCACAAUGGCAGAAUUAUCAACUGGGACAAUUGCCGAAUGGUGCGGAGGUUGGAAUUGGGCAAUUGCAGCAGCAAAUUGGGGAACUUGAGCAGCAGUUGGGAUUUGGAUAUCAGGCUUUUGAACAACAAUCGCAAACGGUGGGCAUUUUUGUGGGGGAAAUUCGAAUUUUUGAAAAAAAUGCAGAAAAAUGACCAGAAUCCGAGGUUUUUUGGCCAAAUUCUGACCGAUUUUUGACUUGAAUUCGUUUUUCAGGCAAAAAUUGACCAGAAUUUCCUCAAUCGGAGGUUUUUUUUUGGCCAAAUUUUGAACAAAAACUGGCCAAAACUGUGGUUUUAUCAAAAAUUGCCCGAAUUUUGAGUUGAAAAAUGCAAAAAUUUUAUUUUCAGUCAAAAAUUGACCAGAAUUUCCUCAAUCCGAGUUUUUUAGAAUCAAAUUUCGAACAAAAUCUGGCCAAAACAGUGAUUUGAUGAAAAAAAUGGCGGAAUUUUGACUUCAAAAAUGCAGAAUCUUGUUUUUUAUUCGAAAAUUAACCGAAAUUUCCUCAAUUCAAGUUUUUUUGGCCAAAUUUUGAACAAAAUCUGACCAAAAUUGUGAUUUGAUUGAAAAAUGGAUGAAUUUUGAGUUGAAUCUGGAUUUUUCACAAAUAAAAAUCCCGAAAUUCUCGAAAAACGUCCAAAAAUGGUUAGAGAUAAUGUAAGAUUGAGAGAAAUUGUAUUUUCUGUCUACAUUCUCUCAUUUUCACGUUGUCUCUAACCUAAACAUUGGAAAAAUUAUGUUUUUUAUUCAUUAAAAAAAUAGUUUUCCUCUACAGAUUCUCUAUUACACGACUGAAAAUGCGCAACUCAAAGAAUCUCUCCAAAAAACCGAAAAUCUUCUCGCUGAAGCAAAUCGAAAAUUGGAAGAACAAUCACAAAAACCAACUUUCAAAUGGUGUCAUCGCAAAUGGAAAAGUAAACAAAUUAUUGAUUUUUCGCCCCAAAAUAAUUUUCAAAAUAUUUUGCAGCCUGCUGA